CACACACACACACACACACACACAACAGAAACACACAGAAAAGGAGUACAGGAACUGCUACUUGUACAAGCCUCAGGAUGUUGAAGACCAUCAUUUUGCUUUUUCUUCUGGUGCUGUGGGCCGAGAGUUCUCACGAGCAGACAAGCCAGGACGGGACCAGAAACAAGACAAGUGAGCGAGUGCUCAUUCGGUCCAAGAGGAGAUGGGUGCUCUCUACUUUUGAAAUAAAUGAGGAAAUUCCUGGACCUUACCCUCAAUUAUUUACAGAGUUGCACAACGAUAAGCACCUGAAUCACUCCAUCCUAUUCAAAAUCAGUGGCCAAGGUGUGACAGAAAAGCCAUUAGGUGUGUUCACCAUUAAUGAGACAACUGGUGAAAUUUUCCUGAACAAGCCCAUAGACAGAGAAACCCACCCCAUACUCAAGGUGAAUUUUGAUGUGAUCGACAAAGAAAGUCAUAAAAUUGUUGACAAAACCUUGGCUUUCGACGUGAAAGUAAAAGAUAAGAACGAUAAUCCACCGUUGUUCAAACCUGAAGUUUUAAACAUAAAUGUUACAGAGAACACAAAAGAAGGUCAGCUUCCUAUUUUACUGCAAGCAACAGAUAUUGAUGAGGUAGGCACUGAGAAUUCUCAUGUCUCCAUGAGGAUAGUGUCUCAGGAGCCAGCACUGCCAAAAAUCUCUCUGUAUUCUAUCUUGGAUGAAAAAGGCAGCCAGCUCACAAAACUCGUCUUCACCGGGUGCUUUGAUUAUGAUAAAGUAAAGAAAUAUAAAAUGUUUGUCGAAGCACGGGAUCAUGGAAUACCAUCACUCUCAUCCACUGCGACUAUAAAUAUCCACAUCACUGAUUCUAACACUCACGCUCCUGUGUUCACUGACCUAAAGUUCAACGCUAAUGUUUUGGAAAUGGAAACCAAUAAAGAAAUUUUAAGGAUUCCUGUGCAAGAUAAGGACAAUCCUAACACUCCAGGAUCUAGAGCAGUGUUCACUAUCCUGAAGGGUAAUGAGGAGGGCAACUACAAGAUUGAAACAGACCCACUUACCAAUGAAGGAGUUCUGACUGUCAUCAAGGGAAAGGAUUAUGAGAGAACCACUCUGACUGAACUGGAAAUAGGAGUAGACAAUGAGGAGCCAUUAUUUUUUUGUGUUGAUGGAAAGCCAGUUAAUCCCAUUCCAAAGACUUUAAAUAGGAGCAAGAACGUUAAAGUCACCGUCAAAGUCAUUGAUGUGAAUGAUCCACCUGUGUUUCACAACAAAAUACAUAUCGUUUACGAGGUUGAGGAGGAAGAGCCCGGAGAGGUGUUGUACACUCCCACGGUCACAGACGAGGAUUCAGACCAAGCUAAGAUCAGGUAUGAACUGGUAGAAGAUCCAGCUAAUUGGAUGUCCAUAGACCCACAGACUGGCAUUAUUACCCUGGCAAAAAAAAUGGACCGUGAGUCUCCGUAUGUCAAUGAGAGCACCUACACUGUUGUGAUGCGAGCAAUAGAUGAUGGAGAACCUCCUGGCACGGGUACAGGGACUCUGGUGGUCAAGCUGGGAGAUAAGAAUGAUAAUGCACCUUAUCUAACCUGCAACCCUUCUGUGAUAUGUGGGAACAAAGGUGACAGAGUGAGAGUCACUGCACAAGAUGCUGAUGUUUAUCCGUAUAGCGGACCAUUCACCAUCACACUUGACAAAGAUGAUCAGGAGCUGAAGAGCAUGUGGAAGUUUGAGCACACAGUGUCUGAAAUCUUACUGAUUAGCCUGAAGACUCUGCCAUAUGGAAAUUAUACAGUUCCCCUGAAGAUUGCUGACCAACAGGGGGUGCAAGCAAACGAUGUCUUGAAAGUGGUGGUAUGUGACUGUGGGAACGGAACUGUGUGCAAGAACCGGCUACCACGAUCCUCCACCCUCCAUAUAUCAGCUAUAGGAAUUUUGCUGGGAAUACUGCUCCUGAUAGCUUUGCUGCUCUUUUGUUUUGCCUGCAAAUGUGAAAUGAACAGAAAGAAAAAGAUAAACGAUUUCAUGGAAUUCUUGCAAGAUGAUGGAAACCAAACUUUGAUCAAAUACAACUUGGAAGGAGAAGGUUCACGCAAGCUUACACAGGCCGCUAAUGGACAUAGUGACACACAUAAAUCAAAGAACAUCUGCGCAAACUCAUCAGCUCCUCCACAAUUCACCCACAGCCCAAUUGGCUUUUAUUGGAGCUUGUCCCCAUUACAGCAUACACAGGUCCCUAUUGGACUUAGUGAUGAAUCAUGGAACAUCUACGCACCAACCCGGACUAGAAGAAAGUAUAGCACACACAACGCCACCAGGAGCCAAUUAACCAGAGCCAAUCAAUCAUCCUUUAGUUUCCUGUCACAGGAUAUAACGAAACAGCAUCUAGAAAAGAAGCUCUGGAAUCUUGCUACGGAGCAGAAGAACUUCCCUGAAGAUCACCCACAAGAUUACAGCUCUGAAGGAACCUUUACCGAUGCUGUGUCAAUUGACAAGCUCUCUGUCUACAGCACAGAAGAUGAUGGUCUGGACUUUCUGGUGGAUUUGGGGCCAAAAUUUUGCACUCUGGGUGAAAUCGUGCAGCAAGGAAUAAAAGAGAAGUAAUUUUUUUGAAUGAUCUCACUUCCUAAUGGAUCUUUUUGAGUAGCUCUGCUUCCCACAUCUGUGAUUUUACGGAUAUCAUACCUCCACCUUCUGGAUAUCUAUUGGAUGUUUUUGUACUGUAAC